UGGCCACUCAGCUGAUGAUCCUCAAAAACUCGCUUUUGACAAUGAUUUUGUCGGAAUUCCAGGUUUGAAACUGACCAGAAUACGAAACCCCAAAGCCCGGUCUCGCAAGAAACGUUGCAAGUUUGUGUGGACUCUUACACUGGUGAAAAGCAAAAGCAAAGAUUCUCGCAUCCAAGAGAAUCCAAGCAAAACCCAAGAAAGCAAAACUUCCCAAGUCCAAGAUGACCUCAACAAAAUGCAAGAAAUCAAAUCCCAAGAUUCUCAAGUCCAAGAGAGUCCAAGCAAAGCAGACGAAAGCCCCAGCACAGAGGCAGAGCCUCCUUCUAAAUGUGAUGAGGAAGUAGAUGUUUCUACAGAAGCAGAAUCCACAUCCUCUCCUUCUAAUACCUUGGAAGCUAGCUCUUUGCAGGAGUCGCAAAACAAAGAGAACACUGCCAGUGAUGUAUUUCCCAAAAGCCCAGAGAACCCAGUGGCCAUUGAGAAGGGUGAGGAGACCUUAGGAAAGGAAAAAGAGGAGGUUCUUGAAAGGUCAGAGUCAAUUGCAACUGAAGCACAUCCAGAUGAGGCCACUCAAACGGACCCUGAAGAUCUCAUCAGUAGCGAUACCGUUCCACCACUUCAAAUCAAAGUUGUCUCCUCACCAGGUAAAAACAACAGUCUAAAGCAGUCCUUUUUAAUUCAGCAAGUUACAACUUCACCUGAAACAAAAGAACCUGCAAAAGUCGAAGACCAUCAGCAUUCAGAAAAGAGUGAGAAUGUGUUGGAAAUUACUGCUACCACUCCUGCCCCCAAAUUAAGGAACAAGCUAUGUCAAAACACUGCUCGAAAGAAACGUACAAGACGCAAUCACUGGACAAUUUACAGAAGAAAGUGCAGGCGAAAGUGCAAAUUGAGUGCAUCUCAAGAAAACCCUGCUUCUGAAAUUGCAACUGAAACCGAAUCUCAGGUGGAGGAAUCGCCAGUAUCUCCAGCAGCAGUGCCAGCACCUGUAGAAUCCAAACCAAAAAAGCAUUUAAGUGAAGUUAAGCAGAAAAAAGGUAAAAGGUCCAUUCCACCAGCUGCAGAACCAUUACCUGAAGCAGCCGAAUCUCAGGUCAUCGAACAAACUGUUGAAUCGCCUCCAACCAGUCCUUAUCUUGGGACAGAACCCCAGCCAGAGAUAAAACUUGAGACAGCAUCAAUCGAACCUGAAGAGGUUCUAGUUUUAGAGCCUUCUGUGAGAGAUCACCCACAGGUACCACGUCCCUCACACAGGCAAAUAAAACGGGUCAAACGUAGAAGAAAGUCUUUGAUUGGACGGCGAAUAAGAAAUCCAAAAUUGCAAAAGAAGAAGUUGGUUGAGGUUAGUGAUGAUUGCCCACCAAUAACGGGGUCUGAAGUAGGAGAGUCUAAACUAGUUGGUAUAUUCUCAACAAAGUACAAGAGGAAACAGAUUUCAAGUCUUCAGUCAUUAGAGAGUAGACGCAAAAAAGCUAAGCUCUUAUCCAAGCAGGUUGAGAACACCAGCGGAGAUCAACUUUCCGAUCAGGCAGACAAGGAUUCUGUGAAUGUGAAAAUGGACCAAGAUCAAGACAUCCAACGCAGCAAAACGAAGUUUGUGAAAACCAUCAGACAUUUCAUAAUGCCAGUUGUUAGUGCCCGAUCCUCUCGGGUUAUCAAAACGCCAAAGAGGUUCAUGGAUGAUCUUGGUAUGUCAGAUCUUCCUCGCAAGAACUCCCAAAAGAAGCUUGGCCUGCAAACAAAAUCAAAGAAACCUGAUCCCAAUGAAAGCGGUGAACCUGGAUCCCUUCAGUCUCAGGAUGAAGAUGAAGUGAGUGAAACUGAUCUUGAUUUGUCUUCCACAUGGGAAUCAAAACCUAAAUCACCUGAUGACGCUGAGAUCUUCAGUGAGGAGAAGCAGCCUGGGAAAAGGCGAUCGCUGCUCAGAGAUCCGGGUUUCAAAUGGGGAGUGCUGGAGCCGGCCAGUGACGAUGUGUAUACCUUCGAUGAAGAUCUUGACAAGGAGUUGGAGACCUUGCUAUCUGCCAAAGAUUUUACAGUGGACCCGUUUAUUGAUCCCGUCCAAAAGAAGAAAAAAUCCACUAAAUUCAAAGCGCAAACAUCAAAAUUUAGGUUAUACAAAAAGCUUAAACUCAAACAGCCUCUCAAGCGUAAAAAGACCCCAAAGGACAAAGUAGGCAAAGUUGAAUCAUCCCCUGCCAAGACACAGAAGAAGGAGUUGGAAGAAGGGGCCAGUCUAAUAAAGUCUCUCAGAGACAUGAAGAAGGAAAAAGCAAAACUCAAGAUUGAGGAUCUCAACACCCCUGGGGUUGUUCGCAAAGUCUCCAUCUGUGUCCGAGCUCUGAGUGCCAAGUUGCUGGCACAACACCAGGCAAAAGACAUCCAAGAGGAUGACCUGCCAGAUGAGUUUUCCAUUCAUACAGACAUCUCUCUUCCCAAUAAAUGCAAAGACUUUGAUAAGAUGCAUCUCACAGAAUCAGAAGAACUAGUUUCUGAGGACACUCAGAAACAUGCUGUUGACACUGAGGAGAAAAAUACCACCCAGCGCCCUCGCCUUACAGGAGCCAACAAGCGCAUGUUUAACCUCCUCAAGAAAGCCAAGGUUCAGCUCAUCAAAAUAGAUCAGCAGAAACAACUGAAAUCAUCUGGGCUUUUGCCAGAGGGUAGAAUUACUGCAACAAAGAGACAGAGACGCAAACCGAAAGAACGGCUUGAAAAUGCCUGUCCCAACAAGACUGAUGCUUCUCCAGAGCAGGAACCUGCUAGAGGGGGGCCUCGCAUUAAACACGUAUGCAGAGCUGCAGCUGUGGUUUUGGGUCAGCCUCGUGCCAUGAUCCCCGAUGACAUCCCUCGACUUAGUGCGCUUCCCCUGCACGAGAGAUCGGACAUAUCCCCUUCACCUGCAGAAAAAGGAGUCGAGUCUCACUCUGACCCUGAAAGCCCUGUAUUACAAGAACACAGGACACCAAAGUUUCGCCGUGGUAGAUCUCAUUUUUUUGGGAACCGGUCCCGACGGUGUGGGGAGUGUAAAGGUUGCCUGCAUGAGGAGGACUGUGGCAGGUGCAUCAACUGCUUGGACAAACCCAAGUUUGGUGGCCCCAACACAAAACGCCAGUGCUGUGUAUACAAGAGAUGUGAUCAGGUUGAAGAAAGGAAGGCCUUGAGGCUAAGUGGCAAGCUUCAAAAGGGGCAUGGAAAGAAGCGGCGCACCUCGAUAAGUGUGGGUUACUCAAGUAAUGAGGAAUGCGAGGGUGGCGAUGGAAUCAGCCAGACGUUUCCACCCUCUCUAGGCGACAGUCCAUCUGUGCGGAAGCAGCCGCGGCGACACGUAAAACCACGUUCCUACUGUGACCUGUUGGAUUAUGACUCCGAUUUUGACUGGAUAGGAGCUUCAAAUUCCACCUCCCCAGCUCGCAGGAGAACUCCUGGCUCUCGCAACUCAGAUUAUGUGUCAUUUGACGACUUUAUUGGGGACGCCUUUGACGAGGGAGUGCGCCAUCGCCGACCUGGCUUCCACAAGGUUCCUCCCAUCAAACGGAAAGUUGAGAAGAGCCCUCAGGAACAGACGCCACCCAGUGUCCUUGCAGCCCUGGCCAAUGGUUUCGCAGAGAGGGAACAGGAACCUGCAGAACCCACGCAUAAGAUCCGUGUUGAUUUUAAGGAGGACUGUAGCGUGCAGAGCGUGUGGGCGACCGGAGGUCUGAGCAUCCUCACAUCUGUACCCCUCGUGCCCCAGUACGUCUGCCUGCUGUGCGCCAGUAAAGGCCAACAUGAGAUGCUGUACUGUCAAGUCUGCUGUGAGCCUUUCCAUCGCUUCUGCUUGGACCCUUCAGAGCGUCCACUGGAGGAAAACAAGGAGAACUGGUGCUGUCGUCGCUGCAAGUUCUGUCGUGUUUGUGGCUGCAAGAAUAAAGAAUCCAAGCCUCUGCUGGAGUGUGAAAGGUGUCAAAAUUGUUAUCAUCCUGCCUGUCUGGGUCCCAACUACCCCAAACCCAACAAACGUAAGAAGCCUUGGGUGUGUAUGACAUGCAUCCGGUGCAAGAGUUGUGGUGUGACACCAGGAAAGAGCUGGGACACUGAGUGGAAUCAUGACAAGGGUCUGUGUCCUGACUGCACUAGGCUGUUUGAUCAAGGUAACUACUGCACCAUGUGCUUCAAGUGUUAUGAAGAUAAUGACUACGAUAGCCAGAUGAUGCAGUGCUCCACAUGUAACCACUGGGUCCAUGCUAAAUGUGAAGGUCUGACAGAUGACUUGUAUGAAAUCUUGUCGAGUCUACCUGAGAGUGUGGUGUACUCCUGUCAGCCAUGCUUACAAGAGCUGCCCGAUGGAGAGGAUGUUAAUGGAGCGGGGUGGAGGGAACUGCUCGACCAGGAGCUGAGGACUGGCUUAGAGAGGGUGCUGUCUUGCCUGCUGAGCUCCACCCUCACCAAGCACCUGGUCACCUGCAAGGAGUGUGCUGCACUGGGUUCCCCGAACACUGGAGUUGAAGAUUUGCCUGUUUGCGACUUCCAUGCUAUUGGAAAGAAGUUUGAUGAAGGCCUGUACACAUCCUUGAAAUCCUUCCAUGAGGACGUGGUGAAGGUGAUUCACAGUAACUUGGAGGAAGAGGAAAUUUUACCAGAGGACCAAAGACCCACUUCCCUCGCCCGCUCGUACUAUCUCACGCUCUUAGAGGACGUUUAUGGUUGGUUCAACAGUCAGGACCCUAAAGUAUGGGAUCCACGCUCUAAACAUCUGCCAGCUGGGAUGCUUUCACAUGCCGUAAUGCCGCCAAAUUAUGAACAUGUUUAUGCUCAAUGGCGUGAGAGAGAUGGCUGUAGCAAGGCUUUGGACGGCACCCUAAAGACAACUGGAAGACAUGUGGAUGUUAAAAUGGGAGAAGAGGAGGAUCUGUCCACACCUUUGGCCCAUAACCCUAAAAGUCACUUUAUGGACAAAUGGGCAUUACGGAUGAAUAUGAAAGGGAAAAAGGGUCGACCAGCUAAAACCGAGCUGGACACAGGUUGGUCAAAAGACGACGAGAGACAGUGCGCUCUGUGCCAAAAAUUUGGUGAUGCAAAGGCCAGUGAUGCAGGGAGGUUGCUCUAUCUUGGGCAAAAUGAAUGGGCUCAUGUGAACUGUACCAUGUGGUCUGCAGAGGUGUUCGAGGAGGAUAAUGGCUCACUUCUGCAUGUCCACAGUGCUGUAGCACGAGGUCGUCUCAUGCGCUGUGAACGGUGUAACCGAACAGGGGCAACGGUAGGUUGCUGCCUUACUUCGUGCCAGAGCAACUACCACUUUAUGUGUGCCCGCUUUCGCAACUGUGUCUUCCAGGAUGAUAAAAGAGUCUUCUGUUACAAGCACCGUGACCUUAUAAGUGGAAAAAUCAUCACGGGUCAAGGGUUCGAAGUACUUCGGAGAGUUUAUGUGGAUUUUGAAGGGAUAAGUCUUCGCAGAAAGUUUUUGACUGGAUUGGAGCCGGAGUCGAUUAAUUUAAUGAUAGGUUCUUUGCUAGUAGAAAAGCUUGGAAAGCUGAGUGAAUUAUCUGCCUGUCAUGGAAAACUUUUCCCUGUGGGUUAUGAAUGCUCUCGCUGGUAUUGGAGUACUGUAAACCCCCUUCGUCGCUGCAAAUACACGUUUCGUGUUACGGAGGUCCGGCCACCUGUUCAGGAAAAACCAGUGGAAGAGUCGCCCGAUCAGGGAGAAAAUUGCACAAUUGCCCACAGUCCAUGCCCACAGUCAGAAUCUGAAGCCCUCGAAGUGGAUUUGUCCUCAACAAAUCCUUCCAGUGAAACAAAUUCCACCUCGGGAUCUGUCUUUGCCAAACCAGACCUUGGUGCCCGCCCCAAAAUCCCUUCAUACCCCCAGAACAGAAGACCUGCCGGAGGACUAUCCAGACCACUGCCUUCUCCCGGAGCUGCCCCAUCCAAACCUCACCACAUCUUGACUAUCAGUGAUUUGGAUGACACUCGAAGGCCACGACGGCAUAGCCCACACACCCAAAAUAGCGGUACCCGCAGUCACAUGACCUCCCCUACUCUUGGAUCCCAUGCAGGCCCAAUUGCAUCUAGAGCAGGUGGUUCCCACCACCCUAAAACCUCCCAGCCUACCUCCCCAGUUUUCCCCCUUGGUGCUACUGAAAACCUGCUGACCUCUUCCUCAGCUCGCCCUGUCGGUCGAAGUGCUUCCUCAGUCCGGGGUUCUGGAAUAUUGACGCCCCAUUCUACCUCAGUACUAUUUUCACAGUCCACAAGGCAAGGUGGCAUGGGCAGCACCCCUUGCACCAACCGAUCCCUCACAUCUCCCACCCUUUUCUCCACAAGACCACGGCCUUUUGAUUUUAAUCAGAUAGACUCUGUAGAACUUCCACACAAAUUUAUAGCCUCACCACAGGAGCAUCCAGCAGAAAAUGGUGCCUUGCCAUUAGGAGACCCUUUGGGUACACAAAAAGGUAAUCAUCUAGACAGUGAGAGAGAUUUCCCUUACACAUCCUUCCACUUAGAGGCAGACCUGACUGUAGCGCCUGAGCUGAGAACCGAGCUUGAAAUUGAAGAAACAGUGCUGAAUGAAGGCGUAGCCAUGAACUGCAGUGCACAAAUUGUAGUUGAAGGUGAAGACAACCAGGAUGACUUCUGGGAGACAAAUGAAGAGAAGUCCAAAUUAUCUACACAGAGAUUGUCUUGUAGGGAAGACUGGGGUAAUAGUUCUUCUGAUGAGGACAUGGAGAACUACUUCAACUUCACUCGCACAGUGGUUACUUGCAAGGCUCAAAGGGAUGCUUCUCAGACACCUACAUCUCCAUCUUUGAGACAUAUUUCCCAACUUGAUGGUGUGGAUGAUGGGACAGAGAGUGAUACAAGUGUGGCUAAUAAUGAUAAUCAUCAGGGUGUGUUGUCAAAUCAAGCCCAAAAGCCACACAAAUCACUCAACGUUGUACCUCAUGAACAGACGGCAAGUAAUGGGCUGUGUUUGACUUUUCCAAGUCCUGUAUCUGAUAUUUCAUCAGUUAGUUUUCGGUUAGAACCGGGGUCCAACUCAAAAGCUGUUGCUGAACAAGAUUCCUUUGGUCUAACUCAAACAUUGCAAUCAUUGCAAUCUGGGGUGGUUGUAAACCCACAAAACCCUAUGACUAAUUUUGUUUCAACAAAGUCUUUAAACCCUGGAUUUUCUACCUAUGGUAGUUUAAUUGUUGAGCCAGAGAUGCCUUUAAUUCUCGAGAGGUGUGAUCCUGUUUCACCCAAUGCACAUUUUACAGAGCUGGUCCCGGUCCAGGAUUCUCUAGUUGACCCACAAGAAUCUAAAGAAUUGUACUUGGAUCCUAGUAGUGGUCACUUUGUGUCCUCUAUGGAUGACUCUACAGUUUAUCCAAACAACCACUUGCAAGAAGGUUCUCUUGAUUUAGGCCAAGUUAAUGGAAUUCAAACUCCACUGCAACAAAAUCCUGUUCCUUUCACAGAGUUGCCCAAAUCUGCAUCCACUUCUGAACCUUUAUCCUCUGAUUCCUCUGUGCAAGUUCCUUUUGCAGCAUUCCCAAAUCAGGCAACUUCUGCAAAUGUUUCCUUGUACCCUGUCCAAACUCCUGAGGGCAAGACAGUCUUGCCACCCAUGGAGAGUUUCAGAACCAAAUUACACCCACCUGUUGAACCAAGGCAUCCUGCCCCUUCAGUUCCUGGAGGUGCAAUGCCAUGUAUCGCCACAAAUGUACCACAGAAACCAGAGUCUAUGCUGUCUGUGCCGUCAGCCACUGGUGUACCCCUCGGGACUUAUGGGCCAGUUUCGGGUACAGUGUCUGUCCCAUUGCAUCCCACUUACCCACAGCCUAUCUGCUCUACAGCAGUUGGUGUAGUCUCCUCAUCCUCUUCCGUAAUUUCCCAACCAUCAGCUCAGUGCCAAGCAAUGCCUACUGCCAUUCAGACAGCCACUGCUCCAGGUGUCAUCAAUGGGUACAACACCAUGCCUAUGCAAAGAGAAACCGCUCCAGGACGAACGAUUUCCAUCAAUUUUUCAACCCCCAGAUCAACAAUUGAACCCCAACAACAGUUGGUUACUCAAGCAUUACCAGGUCAUGCUAUUCUUACUGUAAAGGAAGUUGGUGGACCUAAUGUGGAUCCCACACCCCAUGUUUUACUUGUUAAUCGUCUUGGUCAAAUUUUUGUCAAAAACCCAGAAAGCAACACCUUCCAGCUGCCGACUCCACAUUCCCCUUCAUUUAACUGUGUUACCCAAAUCGCCAGCCUCUUGCAAAGCAAUGCCUUGUCUGCAACACUUGCAGCAGCUGGGAACUUGUCCACAGUUGUGGGUGCCACCGUUCCAACCCAAGUCCACCAAAUUGUGACCCCAUUGGUACAGACCUCCAAUACCAUCACCCAGCUACUUACCACCAGUAGUAACGGAGCAGCUUCACUACCACCAGAUGUUAAGAAACCACGUAGGACUGCCAAAGCUUCUGGAGAUGGAGUGAAAAAAACACGGACUAAGAAGGAGUCUUCCACGCCUAGAAGGACAAAGGCUGCUAGCACACCUGGCCCCUCUAGCAAACAAUCUAUGAGUCAAGUAACAACCUCCUCAGAUACAUCUAAUCAAGCAGACAGUGCCCAAGCUAUCAUCAACCAAGCCAUGGCUGGCUAUUAUGAUCCCAACAAAACUGUUUCCCAUAUUCUUACUCCCACAUCACCUCGUAACACUACUGUUGUUGGGCGAACUCCAAAAACAAGUUCAGUUGUUUUACCCGAAGUUCUCCUUGUUGAACCAGAGACAAAGGCUUCCCCACCAGCUACACCAGAAGCAGCACCUCGACCAAAGCAGGUUCGAAUGAAAAGAGUGUCCUCUCUAUCUGACCGCAUUGCCACCAAGAAAUCAAAAUCAGACUUUCUGGACCUAGGCCGCCCUAGUGGAUUGGAAGAACCACGCAAGUCAAACUCGGUAUCAGCCAGGUAUGGAGUUCGCAUCAAAACCCCAACUGUCAAGGGAAUUCUAGACUUGGACAAGCUGAAUGAAGAGCGAAGUAGUGACUCUGAGAGUGCAAGGCCUGGACCCUGGGAUCGCCUUUCAUUGUCUCGAGGUGGAGACAACAACAAGCCAGCAACUUGGGAUCCUGCUAACCGUAGUGCACUAUCUGACUGGAACAAAUACUCAGGGAUGCUGUCCUGUUCAGAUGAUGAGAUGCCUCCCUCAGACGGUGAAGAGCACAUUCCCCCCAGCCGAGACCAUCCCCACCUACGCUUUGAGAUCGCUAGUGAUGACGGCUUCAGUGUAGAAGCAGACAGCAUUGAGGUGGCUUGGACCACUGUUAUCGAGGGGGUCCAGGAAGCCCGUGCUGUUGCUGGACUGAGGCAGCUCACUUUUUCGGGGUUGAGCGGGGCUCGUAUGAUGGGAAUGCUACACGAUGCCGUAGUCUACCUGGUGGAACAGCUCCAGGGGGCCAAACGCUGCCAACGCCACACCUUCCGCUUCCACAAGCAGGCCAGUCAGGAGGAAGAUCUGCCCGUUAACCCAAGUGGCUGUGCCCGCUCUGAAGUCUACCUAAGGAAGUCUACCUUUGACAUGUUUAACUUCCUGGCGUCACAGCACAGACAGCUUCCUGACACCGACCUGUACGAUGAGGAAGAAGAUGAGGUUCUUCUUAAAUCCACCAGACGUGCAACAAGUUUGGAGCUUCCUAUGGCGAUGCGCUUUAGACAUCUGGAGAGGACAUCUAAGGAAGCGGUUGGUGUCUACAGGUCUGCGAUUCACGGAAGAGGGCUUUUCUGCAAGCGGAACAUCGAAGCAGGGGAGAUGGUCAUUGAGUAUUCAGGCAUUGUUAUUCGUUCUGUUCUGACGGACAAGCGUGAGAAGUAUUACGAUGGCAAGGGCAUUGGAUGCUACAUGUUCCGCAUUGACGACUUUGACGUCGUCGAUGCCACGAUGCACGGAAACGCAGCGCGAUUCAUCAACCACUCCUGUGAACCCAACUGCUACUCUCGAGUCAUCAACGUGGAAGGUCAGAAGCACAUAGUCAUUUUCGCCUUGCGCAAGAUCUACCGUGGAGAAGAGCUGACCUAUGACUACAAGUUCCCCAUUGAAGAUGCCAGCAACAAGCUCGGCUGCAACUGUGGAGCUAAGCGCUGUCGACGCUUCUUAAACUGAGGAUGAGUGAUGGAAAAGUCGCUGUGACAAUGGAGCUAGACGGGUAAAAACAAUGGGCCGAGGCUUGAUGGGUAAAGGGGGUCCAAGCAGAGGGUUUCAAAGCUUAACAGAGUCACCUCUUCAAUUUGAAAGUCCUUUAGUUUAAAAGGGCCAUUAACUUUUAAACAGCUGUUGUGGAGCCAUUGUCCUUGAAGCAUAAUUCCUGCCGACCCAUAGACCAUUCAGUCCAGUAAAGCAGAUGACGCAUGAUUGGUAAUGUGUGGAAACAUCAUGGCCUUUCAUGUACAUUGCAUCCUUUGUGGUUCACUUUGUGGUUUUAUCAGAAUAGUAGUGUUUUUGAAAAGAAUCCUGGUCUCAGUCAUAGCAGUUUUUUUGUUUUUUUUUAAACCAGUUCAUAACCAGUUCAAAAGAGUUGUUGUAUAUUUUGCAGCAAAAUUGUGACUACUUUUAAAUUAUUCCUGUAGGCGUUUUAUGCUUUUUAAAAGCUGAAUAGAAAUGGCCGCUGCCAAGAUUUCAGAGCAUUCUGUUCCUGUAACUGACCUUUUAAAUCUCAUACGUCCGUUUUCUUCUUCGAGCCAAACCUAAAGUGCUGGAUUCUCAAGAUCUGAACAGAAUUGUCUCUGUGCUUGAGAGAGAUUUCAGUGCGGACCACGUAGUUUGUAAAAGCUUAGCGGCAGUGAAGAUACUUUGUAAAAACAUGCACAUUACCAAUGAAAUGAUGUGAACGCAUUAAUUCAGAUCUGCAUCUGUCGAUUUUAUUUUAACUGAGAAAGACUCGCACUGCUCAGGACAACAUUGUAAACCCCUCAGUAUAACUCAGUAUCCACUCCUUGCGCAUGGCACGUUCUGUUGCGUUUUACCGAUACGUUGUUGAAGCGUCUUCUCAUCCGUGACAGAUUUUUCGCUUGAAAACCCCUAGAAUCUUCGCAAAGGCUUUUAUUUUUAACAUUUUCUUUUCGAUAAUUUAUUUAUCAUUGCAUUUUUAUAGGCAUCUCAAAACACUUUCUGUUUUUGGUCUAGAACUGUAUAGGUGGUUUUUAAACUUGAUGACCUCCAUGGUGCUAAGUCAAACAUAAGUCCUAAAGGGGAAACUACAUACUUCCUGUUUCAUGUCUCGUUAGAAAACCGGUACUAGAAUAGCAAAACCAGACUUGCUUUCUAACAAUAUGCCCAUAUAUGUCCACGGUGUGUUCAAACCCCAUUCCGAAUACUCAAAGAGCAACGUUUUAGCAUGUUUGUGCUUUUUUUAUACCUCUUGAGAGCCUUGUGUCGAAACAAAAUCAUGCCUGGAGAGCGUAGAAGUAUAUUGGUGUUUCUUUUCAUCGUGUAGUAGAGGACACUACUUAAGCUAAUCGUGACUAACCGCAUCCUCAUUGCGUCACAGCUAUUAAAGGUGUGAUGACGUCGUGGAUUGUUCCUGCAAUAAAAUAAUUUUUUGCCACAAUUGCACAUACAAUUGGAGCUCUACAUUUACUGCUUAAAGUGUCCUAUAGAUGUAGGACCCAUGUAUACUGUUGACUUACAGAAUCUAUAUAUAUUUAUAGAAGAGUUAUUGAAAGUUUUUCAGCAGACGGUGGCACUCGGCACCUUAAUUUUCCUUGAAAGAUUUGGAGUUGUUUAUCAUAUUCAUGUAGGAAAAAUCAAGCUGGUGCCAUCGUUCGUCGUAUAAAAGAUUGUUCGGACUGUAGGAGCGUUCUAUUUAUUCCUUUUUGUCUUUAUGGGAGUUUAUACCCAUAGGUCUGUGCUUUUUGUAUUUGACCAAGGUCUUAUCGGAGUCUUCUUCAGGGUUUUUUUUUUUUUUUCUUUUUGUUCUUUUAAACCUUUUCCCCAUUUUCUUUCCUUUUUUAACUUGAACAUUGAGGAUGAGUUCUUGCAACGUGGCCUUUUAUACAAGGUGAUGUUUUGAGCCAGCUGUUUGUUUUAUAUGUCUGUUUUUUUUAUUUGGCUUCCUCAAAGGAGCAGUUCCCUUCGCCUAAAUCAUGUUAUCGUCUCCUCCUUUUUCUUUGUUUCGUGCGUUUUGUGUGAGGUGGACAUCUCCAUCAAGAACCUGAAAUUUAGCGGAUCUCAGAUUUUAAUCAAACCACCCCAGACUUGCAAGGAUUCUACCUCAAGCUGUUCAGACAACGUCAAGUAAUACUAAUGCAAAACUAGAUUUGCUUGGUCUGUUCUGUCAUGCAGAGUUGGCUUGUGUGCAAUGAAGGAUGCAAAGCACUAGUCAGGACCUCCUGUGAUGAUACGUAUCCCAGAGCUUCUUGGGAAAAGAAAAAUCUGUCUGUUCUUGUGUAGGUUAUUUUAAAAAAAACAACAACGUUGUGUUGAAAGACUUAAAAAUUAAAAAAAUAAAAAUAAAAAAAAAAAAAGUCUUUGCUACCUUGUACAAAUGACCCCUAAGUUUGUAAAUAGUUGUAUACAUAUUUCUAAACCUGUUUAAUUUUUCUAUGCACUUUUUUAUUUAUAAUGUUUUUGCUUAAUAAAGAUGUACAAUGUUUGAACAAA